AAAACCAAGUGAUAAUUUCAUUGAUUUAAUAAUAUGAAAGAAUAGUAAAUUCUACCUGCCAGCUAUUAUUUUCUCUGCAAUAUCUUCAAGAAUACUUGUAAUUGACACAUAAAGACUGACAUAACCUUACUUUGCACCAAAAUGGACACACUCAAACAGUCAUUGGCCGACCUCAGCACUCACUUCAGCACCAGUAUGGCAGCGUUUCAAGAGGGCUUGCAGAAUUCCCAGGUGACGCCUUCCACAGAAAGACUCGCAGCUGACUUUGCCACAUUCAGAACUUUCAUAUUGACGGCUCUAGAGAGUCUGCAGCAGCAGGUGACUCUGAUGGCACAACAAAUGGACCGGCAAGAGAUGCAUAGCCGUCGCAAAAUGCUCCUGCUCCAUGGUGUCAAGGAAGAGAAGGAUGAGGACACAUCUGCUGUGGUCGUAAAGGCCAUAGGUGACCACUUAAAGGCGCCUGCUUCUUUUAGCGCCAGUGACAUUUCACGGUGUCACCGCAAGGGUCGCUCAGGAGGUGAUAAGCCAAGGACAAUCAUUAUAAAAUUCAAGAACGUAGCCUGCAGGGACCAGAUCUGGUUUGGGAAGACGGGUUUGAAGGGCAGUGGCAUGAUCCUGUCAGAGUUUCUAACCAAACCCCGGCAUGAUGCUUUCAUGGCUGCAAGACAGCGCGUCGGCGUCUCCAGGUGCUGGACGAGGAAUGGAGUUGUGGUUGUGCAGAGCCCUGACGGCAAACAACAUCGAGUUGCUACACUGUGCGAGCUCGAUAAAGUGUGCCCCGCAACGCCGCCGGCGACCAGAACUGCAGCUCCUGUCCCCGCAUCUCCACCAGUCACUCGUGAUGCAAAGGCUGUUGCAGCCUCCAUAGCAAGGCCAAAACGAGCUGGCACGGCCAAGAAGUAGCAGGGCUAGCGAGUAGUUUUGUUUUUAUUGUUUAAUUUCUACCUUAAAAAGCUUAUUUAUAUAGUGUUGUUUCUAUAGUUGUCAAAUUGUGUAUGUCAUGUGUCAGUGUCAAUGUCUUUCACACAGACUACUUUCAACUCAACUGUCAUUAUUGUUUGUUUCGUUCACUCAGUUUUUUUUUUUUUUUUUACGGCCGUGUUGCGUAUGAUUGUAGAUUUAAUUUAUUUCCGAGCUCUCAACUUUACUGCUGGCAGAUGGAAUUUGUUUUUAAAUUAAUUUGUUAGUAAGAUAAUUUUUUAAAUAUAAUUAUUAAGUGUAUAUAGUAUAUAUAUUAUUAUUGGGUAUAUUGUAUAGGUAUAUUUUAUAAUGUUCAAUAAUGGUUCUGAUUGCGUUUCUGAUAGUGCAGAAUUUGAUUCAUGUGCGUCAUCGGAUGAGUUAAACAGUAGUUGUAGUAGCUUUUUGAGUCUACCCUCCUUAUCCGAGGUGUUAGACUGUCAGUUCCGCGAUGUCCCUAAAAACUUCAACGUUGUUCAUAUAAAUGCUCAAAGUAUUCCGUCUCAUUUCUCGGACAUGCUGGCUUCUUUUGAUAACAAAAACUUACAUGCUAUUUUAAUUUCCGAGUCAUGGCUCAAGCCGUGUCUCCCUUCCUCUUCUUACCAAUUACCCGGUUUUCACCUGCUUCGCAACGACCGCACC